UCCAAAAAUAUUGAAGAAAAUCUCUUCGAAAACAAAAAAACUCUGGCUUCUCUUCUUCUCGAAGAAACUGAUCACGGAAUCGUCAUGGAAGGCCUCAUUAAUCACACGUACAGGAUCGAACCAUUAAUGGAAGCUGAAAGGUCUGAGACUAAGAAGAUAGCUCACAAACUCUAUGUGGUAAAGCCACACGAAGCUUACUUCAAUGAAACCCUUCCAGAAUUCCAACCUCUCGCUGAGCACUUCAAAGUUGAGGCCAGGGCCGAUGUUCCAGCCGUCUUCAGUCCUGACGUGUUUAUAAUAUCAGACUACGAACACAGCAAGCAGUUUACCACCAUUAAGAAGUUUCUGAAUUACAUCUUAGUGUUCUUUAAUGGCGUCAAACUCAGAUACGAGACUGUAAAUUUAGUGCGCAUCGUACCAAGACUGGUCGGAGUGGAAAAAACGGAGUGGGGUCGCGACACCUACGAAGUCAUGUACGGAAAGGAUAUGAUUGCUGAAUAUACUCUGAACAACUUUCAGUCGUACAUUGAAACGCGCCUGAGUGAAUUUGUGGGUGCCGACGCUGUUAUGCUACUAACCGGGCAUUCCAUGGUAAGCGUGAGUACUGGACGGAUAAGAUCAGGAGUAGCAGGAUUAGCAAUGACUGGAGGCAUGUGCACGAGACGACGGGUAGCCGAAAGCUUGGACGUCGGGAGAGCAUUUGCCGGAGUUGUUCAUUUCGCCCACGAGCUAGCACACGUAAUGGGAUGUAGCCAUGAUCAAGCGGCUCCUGUGCCAAACAUACCAGGAAACCGAGGCGCAUACCACUGCCUCUGGAGUGAAGGUUACAUCAUGAGCUACGAGGUUACAGAUGAGAGGCAGUUUGCCUUUUCGUCUUGCUCUCAGGAGCAGUUCCUUGUUUUCAUAAGGUAUAUCCCUCAAAGAUGCAUAGACCAUACUUGGAAUAGGCAAUUGCCGAAGCCUUCAAGUAGAUUGCCAGGAGAUACCAUGUCUCGGGACAAGUUCUGCCGUAGGGAGUCUGGCUUUUCGGAUUCAAAAGAAUGCACCGAAAGACAUGGUGAUGAUCUUUGCAAGAUAACGUGUUGUCCUGGAAAAGACAUCUACAGGCGAAGCGUUCAACGGACUGAAUACUGGUGCCUAGAUGGAACAAAGUGUGGUUCAGGCAAGGAAUGCUACAACGGCUACUGCAGAACGAAGCGAAGGGAGUAAAUCUGCAUGAAACGCAUAACGACAGCAACAAGAUAACUAUGACUUCCAAAGGGCUACAUGGUUUAAAAGCAUUUAUCUGUUUAUAUAAGAAAUGUGCUUCUAUCACUACUAAAACUUUGCCAACAUAUGUACAGUAUCAUUUGCUCUUUUUCUUUUAGUUUCAAGAAGCUUCUUUCGCUAGUUGUCAAGAAGGUUAGGAGAAGCGUGAAUUUUAUAAGUCAGACACUUA